AUGGAAGAUCAAUCUGGCAUCGCCCUCAAAAACAAGCCGUUUAUGGUAGAUUGCGUUGAAUGGAGCCAAGAAAGUCGAUUAGCCAUUUGUGUCAAGAAUGGCGUCCAUAUUGUGACACCCGUUAUCCUUGGCAUGCUCUCUACAAGAGAAAAGUAUAACCAUGUAGGCAUAUCACUGCCACCCUUGGAGAAAAAAGUCGACGAAACCCUCAUUGCUAAUGUUGACCUGAUGGAGACAUCCUAUCUGCUGACCGAAGAGGGAUGCCGUAUGGCUAAAUGGUCACCAGCAGGCUUAUCUCCCAACCAAAGUUGCUUUUUAGCUGUGAUUACAACAAAGCAUAGAGUGCUGAUAUAUCAAAUAUCGGCGAGAGAUGCCACUAAUUCAGAUUGGCAAGUGUACGAAGAUCUGACCGAUAGAAUAAAAAAUCAUGCAAUUACACAUCAAGCAACAACCGCACCCAGCCCUCACCAUACGCUAUGUGCCAGUUGGUCAAAAAGCUUAAUACCCGAUCCAUUUGCUUUGCAGCCAGUUUUGUUUGCCACAUCCAACAAAGCGGGCGAUGUCUGUAUGUGGGCAUUCACCAACACAUUUGAGUACAAGACACAGAUAACACCACAUGCAUCUUUUGUCAACUUACUUGAAUGGACCCAAUGGAAAAAGAUUACCGACACAACCUACAUUGCUUAUAUUGUAUCUGCUUGCACAGACGGUACAAUGGCCAUAUCAUCCGUACGAAUCCAAGUAUCCACUGUGCCUGAAUCAAGAACUACACAAAUUCAAAAUGUCGAAAUGCAAGUGCUACAUACAUGGUUUGAGGACAACGAUUCAGCUGUCAUUACAUUGAUCAAGGUUCACGAUGAGCUUGAAAAGGGAGUGAUAAAGAUUGCCAUCUCAAAAGGAAUCAAGGUCCAGGUCCUGUGCUUGAAUGUCAAAGAGGAUUUCACGUUGGAGGCAAGCAAAGAUUGGCAGGUGUACAUACUUCAAGCUUCCGUGUUGGGAUUAUCCAGCGGUAAUUGGGUGGGUGAUGAUAAUGGCAUGGAUCUAUUUAGAGGCUAUACUUCGGAAGGUGAAUGUGUCUAUUUGAAAAUCGAUUCAGAGGGUAAUAUGGCGUAUGACAACCAAAUGUCCAUUAUGUGGAGCAGAAAAAUGGUGCAAAAAUACAAACGCCAAUGGAUGGAAGACCAAGCAAAAGCAGACGAUGAUUCUAUCGUAGCAGCAUCAGAUGCGCUCCCAACGUUGUUUGGUACCAGUGAUUCGCCAAAUAGCAUCUUUACAGCCUUGUAUUAUUCGCUGAAGGCAAAUCUAGACAUUCACUAUAAGGGCGAUCACUAUGAAAUUGCGAAUCUGUCCUUUCUCUUGAACAGAGAACGCGGCGAGGAUGUUGACUCUAUCUGUGAAAUGACGGCUACUUUUAUACAAGAUCCCUACUUUAUGUUUACAAAGCCAGUGAGGGGUUUGCUACGAGAAAUACUGUAUUAUUUGGUAGAUGAUGCUGAUGAUGAGCCCAUGACACAAUGGAUCUCGACUGUAGCCAAGUACUUGGAUGUCCCACCCACGAUAGAAAGCAUCAACAACUUGGCAGCACGUAUCUACUGCGAAACCAACACAAUUGCUGCAAGAAUCAUCAACAACACACAGCUGGAACUAGCGGAAUACAAACCACCUAAUUUCGGCCCUGACUACGCAUCUACAUGUCAAAAAGCAAAACAGAUUGUGCAAGCAAAAUAUGUCAACGCUGUGCUCUCUUAUGCCAACGAGCUGCCCGAGCAAGAAUUCUCUACUUUGAAUCAACAGGAUGUUACACUGUUACUACUGCUGGCUGAUCUCGCAUUGAGCCUUCGUGAUGAGGCCUUAAUCAAACAGGCCUUGAUUACCUUUGUCAGAAUACAAGACAAAUUCCCUCAAGCUGGCGAUUUAUUGUCAGAAAUUGCAUUUGCCACCUCAUUCACAACAUCAUCAGCAGCGAUUGAUAAGAAGGCAAGAAACAAAUGCCCUGUGUGUGAAGCCAAUGUGUAUUUCAUUGACGGCGCAUCGAAUCCACUUGCUCAAUGUGAAGCUGGCCAUUUCUGGGAGAUUUGCAGUGUGACCAGAACAGUGUUACACUCGCCCACUGUUCGAAAAUGCUUGUCUUGCAAGGCCAAGAGUUUACGGCCCACCGAGGAAAGCACAUUCACUAAUGUUGUGUUAAAAGGUUGUUGUAAAUGUCUUUAUUGUGGAUCUGGUUGGAUCAACUCGAGUUGA